AUGUUCGAGGGUUUCUCCUUCUCGACCCCGUUGGCCGACAGGCCUGACUGCCUGGCUGACGACGGGGACGACAAGGUCAUGGUUGAUUGUGCCAGCUCCAUGAUCUCGCCUCUCUCCUCGCGAUGUCCGUCGCCGUCGUCGAUGCCUGUCCGCUCACGACCUCUCUCUCAGUCCCAUUCACCUUACCUUCGCCGUCCUCAGCCUCCGACGUCCAUGCCAAGCUCGCACGAACAGUAUCACCGCCGCAUCUCUGUGGGAACGUUGACGGAGAAGCUCCGUGCCCAUACUCUUGAAAGCGAUUCUAGCGAUGCUGUCCACCAGCAUCCUGACGACCACAUUCCACCGCCUCUUUCUCCCAUUUCUCCCACGCUCUCACCGACGCCGUCAGGGCCAGGGAGUGCCUAUUCCAGCUUCAGCCUGCUGACUCCCCCGGAGGACCAUGAAGACGAAGGCUACGACGAGCCGGUGUAUCACAAUCCUUUCAGAGAACACUCCAGAUCAUCCUUUCUCUACCCAACUUCCGUCCUCUCUGUUCGGCGGUCUGUCUCCACUCCCGAGGAUUUGUCGUUAGGGUACCGCGAUGAGCGGCAUCGGACUAUCCGUCUACAUCGGCAACGCUUGUCUCGUGUGCAAUGCAGUGCUCCUAGUGGAGUAGAUGCCAUUCGAUUAGCCCUGCUGGCGGAAGAAGCAGGGCGUCAGACCCUGGACUCGGGGACGGGCGGCGAUUGCCAUCCCAGCUCGCUGCCUCCCGAUCUGUCUCCUCCCAGGCGAAGGGCAUCCCUCGUCCACCGAACGCCCAGACAGAGACAAAGCGGUUCUGGUCUUGGCUCGGGUUCGCGGGAACGGUCUCCACUGGACUCGUCCACGCGACGAAAGAGCUUGUCGGCCGCUUCCUUUGCGUCCGUGAGCAAGUACAUAUUUGCCCUUUUUUUGCCAGUUUUGGGAAAUUCUGGUGGAGAUUAUCAAUACCCAGGUGUGUUGCUUGCAUGGAUGGAGUUAUGGGAUGGGCAGACCCCUGAUUAUGGCAUAGAUAAAAACCACCCCUUGAAAAAAAAAUCAGUAAUGACGCUCCGAGCAGGCUGGAUGCAUGAGAUAUACGCCCUUGCGCAGUAUGCAUAUAUUCCAAGAGUUUUGGUUAUUCAAUCUUGGGACUAUUUUAUUUAA